GCUGGUUCCUCAUAGCUGUUAUUCACUCUGAUCCAUUGCAGCCUUUAUCCACUGCAGCCUUCAUUCACACACACAUACAGAUGAGAAUGACCACCCCGGAAUAUGACUAUUACGAACUGACCUCUGAUUACAUUUCGGAGCACACAUCCGACUACUCCGAUAUUCCCAUCAAGUGCGAAGUUGAGGACCCCCAGAGCUUUGCCAGGGUUUUCCAGCCCUGCAUACUGGCUGUCGUCUUUGUCCUUGGAAUGGUGGGCAACAUCUUGGUCCUGAUCACAUACAUCGUCUACCGGAGAUUAAAAUCCAUGACUGACGUCUUCCUCCUAAACCUGGCACUGGCUGACCUGCUCCUGCUCCUCACACUUCCAUUCCGAUCAGCAGACGCGAUCCAUGGCUGGGUCUUCGGAGACUGGCUGUGCAAGGCGGUGCGCAGCCUUUACAGCAUCAACUACUACAGCGGCUUCCUGUUCCUCACUUGCAUCAGCGUCGACAGGUACAUAGCGAUCGUCCUGGCCACGGUCGCCCACAAACUCAGAUCGCAGACCAUUUUCUACAGCAAGGUCAGCUCUGCCCUGGUGUGGCUGGUUUCCGUAUUCAUGAGUGUGCCGGAAAUGGUUUGGAGCAAAGUGGUGAAGAUAGACGACCUGCACUGCGAGAUGAUCUUGGACGUGGAAGACAAGCUUGUGAAAGCCGCCACCCAGUUCGCGCAGGUGACAGUCGGGUUCUGGCUCCCGUUUGGCGUCAUGCUCUUCUGCUAUUCGGUCAUCACCAGGACCCUGUUAAAAGGAAGGGGCUUCCAAAAGCACAAAGCCCUGAAGGUCAUCGGCAUCCUAGUGCUUCUUUUUGUCCUCUUCCAGCUGCCGUACAGCGUCGUUCUGUUCCUGAAGACCACCGAUUGGCUAGGGAGCAAGCAGAUGAACUGUGCCAUCCGGGGAGCCAAGCACGUGGCAGAGGACGUGACCCGCAGCCUGGCGUUUAUUCGGUGCUGCCUCAACCCGCUCCUCUAUGGGUUCGUGGGGGUCAAGUUCCGCAAUGACGUCCUGCUGCUCCUCAGGGAUCUCAGGUGUAUGAGCCGGACCCAAUACAGCUGUUCUGCCAGGAGCCCUCCAAGCAGCAGCAACAGGUUUUCAUUCAUCUCCAACGGACAUACAUCAUCGUCUUCCAUGUUCUCUCUGUAGUUUUUAGCACUUUGUUGUAGGGCUGUACUGAUACACUCAUAAUUGCCUUUCAGAGGUCCAUUCAUUCAUGUACUGAUUUCAAAACAAGACAAGCUGUCCUUCCCCUACAAGUGAGUACCAAAUGUUUGGUGACUGUGUAUACAGUAUAUAUAGGGCUUCUGAUCUGAUUUUCAGUUUUACCCAAUAAAAACCGAUAAAACAUCCCCGAUACAAAACAAAUGAAAUCCGUGUACAACCAAUAAACACUGGAAAUGGUUACUCAAUUCAUGUCGACUCACCCCUUUCCCAUUUAAGAAAACGAAAAAAAUACUACCUUUCCCAGUGCAGCUGGGCAAUGUCCCUCCUUCUGCCUUGUAUAUAUCAUUGAUUCAUUCUGAAUACUUUAACCAUCCCCUCCCCCAACUACUGAGUGGCAGCAAAUUCCUACAUUUCUAUUGGAGACUCUGCUUGCAAGAUUUAAAACGAGAUUACAAUUAGAAGGCUUGUUUGCAGGAUUUUAAAGCUAUAUUACAGUUAGAUACAGAGAAUUUAAGCAAAGGAAAGAAGCAAAGAAAAGAAGGUACAAUUAAGUGUGCAAGUACUGUCGAGUUACUACACAUAUUGUGACAGAAAAAAAAAAAAACGCCCAAGCAUUUUGAAAAGUAACCGAAAACAAUAAUUGCAUACAGUAUAUAAAAAGCGAAAGCCCUGAAAAAAAAAGAUUUACAUAAAACUCGAAAAUAUCUAAAAAUAAGCACCGAAAAAUGAAAUUAAUAAAUACAGAAAAACAGAAG